AUGACUUCGCUCACUGUCACGAGUGUGCAGCUGACGACCCUGCCCAAGGUGGCCGCGGGCAAGGUGCGUGACCUAUUCGAUAUUGACGCCAACACGCUGCUCUUUGUCGCCUCGGACCGCACCUCGGCCUACGAUGUCAUCCUCAAGAAUGGCAUUCCCGGCAAGGGCGCCAUUCUGAACCUCAUGUCUGCCCACUGGUUCUCAGUCCUCAGCGAGAGGGUGCCCGGCCUGCGCACGCACCUGGUCACUCUGGACGUGCCCAAGGCCCUGACCCCCGGCGAGAAGGCCCUCGUCAGGUACCGCAGCAUGCAGGUCCGCAAGUUCAAGGUCUUCCCCAUCGAGGUCAUCGUGCGCGGCUACAUCACCGGCAGCGCCUGGAAGGAGUACCAGAAGACCGGCACCGUGCACAAGCUGCCCAUGCCCGCCGGCCUCAAGGAGUGCCAGGCCUUCCCCCAGGCCAUCUACACGCCCAGCACAAAGGCCGAGCUGGGCCAGCACGACGAGAACAUCACGCCCGAGGAGGCCGCCAAGAUCGUCGGCGACAAGUACGCCCCCCGCAUCGAGGAGCUCGCCUUGAAGGUGUACAACGCCGCGAGGGACUACGCCGCCGAGCGCGGCAUCAUUAUUGCUGACACCAAGUUCGAGUUCGGCCUGGAUGAGGCGACGGACGAGAUCGUGCUCAUUGACGAGGUGUUGACGCCGGACUCGUCCCGCAUGUGGCCGGCGGACAAGUACGAGGUCGGCCACGACCAGGAGAGCUUCGACAAGCAGUUCAUCCGCAACUGGCUGACCAAGGAGGGCCUGAAGGGAAAGGAUGGCGUUGCGAUCCCCGAUGAUAUCGCGCAGGCCACGAGCGAGCGGUAUCAGGAUGCCUUCCGCCGGCUGACGGGUAAGACGCUGGAGGAGACGAUCGCGGAGCUUUCAUUAUCUCAGUAA